AUGGCGGGUCCAAGCCCACCAUACUACACCCCAAUUUCUAAACCCUCUCCGGCCUACCAUCCUUGGAAAAGAACCAAUCUCUUCCCUUUUGUUGCCGUCGCUUUUCUCUGCUUCCUUUCCUACUACCUCGGAGUCUGGCAACACGGUUCCGGCCGCAGCGCCGGCGCCGCUUCCGCCACCGCCAACUUGGGUGCUACCGUCCCUUGCGUCAUUAUAGCCAACACCACAACCACCGAUGAUAGUACAAAUACUAUUUCCAGAGCUUCUUCUUCUCAUUCCGUCGCCGACUCUUUAGACUUCAGCUCUCACCACGCCGCCGAUGAAGGCGUUGCAUCCACCGUUCCCGAAGAGGCCGUGAAGACGAUUCCGGCAUGUGACGUCAAGUACAGCGAGUACACACCCUGUGAGGACCAAAAGCGUUCAUUGAAAUUUCCCAGGGACCGUUUGAUAUACAGAGAGAGGCACUGCCCGGCGAAGCCGGAACUUCUCAAGUGCCGUAUUCCGGCACCGUACGGUUACAAGACGCCGUUCAAGUGGCCCACCAGCAGGGAUCUAGCUUGGUAUGCUAAUGUCCCUCACAAGGAAUUGACCGUGGAGAAAGCCGUACAGAACUGGAUUCGCUACGAAGGUGAGAAAUUUAGAUUUCCUGGUGGCGGGACCAUGUUCCCCAAUGGCGCCGAUGCAUACAUCGAUGAUAUUGGAAAGUUGAUCAAUCUCAAAGAUGGCUCUAUUAGGACCGCCAUUGAUACGGGCUGUGGGGUGGCAAGUUGGGGAGCUUAUCUUUUGUCACGGAACAUUAUUGCAAUGUCAUUUGCACCAAGGGAUACGCAUGAAGCACAAGUUCAAUUCGCUCUGGAGCGGGGAGUUCCUGCUUUGAUUGGAGUUCUUGCCUCCAAGAGGCUUCCUUAUCCAUCAAGGGCUUUUGACAUGGCUCAUUGUUCUCGCUGCCUCAUUCCCUGGGGCCAACAUGAUGGGGUGUUCCUGAUUGAAGUGGAUCGUAUUCUACGGCCAGGAGGAUAUUGGAUACUAUCUGGACCACCAAUACGUUGGAGAAAAUACUGGAAAGGCUGGGAAAGAACAAGGGACGAUUUGAAUGAGGAGCAAACUGGAAUUGAGAAUGUGGCUAAAAGCCUUUGCUGGAAGAAAUUGAUUGAGAAGGACGACAUUGCGAUUUGGCAGAAACCUGCGAAUCACCUGCAGUGUAAAAAGCUGAAGAGGGUUCAUACGAAUCCCGCAUUCUGUCCUUCCCAAGAUCCUGAUAAGGCCUGGUACACAAAGAUAGAGACUUGUUUAACACCCUUGCCAGAAGUUUCCGAUGAGGACGAAACUGCAGGUGGAAAAUUGGAAAAAUGGCCAAAGAGAUUAAAUGCAAUACCGCCCAGGAUCAGCAGGGGAACCAUUGAAGGAGUCAAGGCUGAAGAUUUCCAACAAAAUUCCAAGCUCUGGAAGAGAAGAAUUUCGUAUUAUAAGACGGUCAAUAACCAACUUGGCCAACCCGGAAGGUACAGAAAUCUCCUAGACAUGAAUGCUUACUUGGGUGGAUUCGCAGCGAGUUUGGCCGAUGAUCCAGUCUGGGUAAUGAACAUGGUUCCUGUUGAGGCUAAGGUUAACACUCUCGGUGUAAUUUAUGAACGAGGAUUGAUCGGUACCUACCAGAGCUGGUGUGAAGCCAUGUCAACGUAUCCAAGAACUUAUGACCUCAUUCAUGCUGAUUCAGUAUUUACCCUUUACAAGAACAAAUGUGAGAUGGUAGAUAUAAUGCUGGAAAUGGACAGAAUAUUAAGACCAGAAGGGAGUGUAAUAAUUCGUGACGACGUAGAUAUAUUGGUUAAAGUGAAGAGGGUUGCGGAUGCGUUGAACUGGGAUAGUCAGAUCGUUGACCAUGAAGAUGGACCAUUGGAACGAGAGAAGCUUCUGUUUGCGGUAAAAUCGUACUGGACAGCCCCAGCAGCUUCUGCUGAUGAAGAAGAUAACAAACAAUAA